GGCUUAAUAUUAUUCUUAUUGGUCUGCGACAGCUGGAAAUUGUAGGCGUUCGCUUGAACGUCUUUAUAGUGUUUCCGGAUUCCACGGACCACGGACAUCGAGAUGGCUACGGCGGAGCAGGAGACGGCUCCAAUCGCGAAUUCCCGAUACGGUCGAUCGGGCAGUGUUUUCAGGAGUUUUGGAUCUCUGUUCGGUAGCCAAAACAGCGGGGAUCGCCCGCAAUCGCCGCAGGAUGGCGAUGGGUAUGUGGAGUUUGGGAUGCAGGAUCCGGAGCGAAAUGGCCGGACCCUAGGCACCUUUGCCGGGGUCUUCUCUCCGGUUGCCUUGUCCAUGUUUAGUGCUUUGGUUUUCAUCCGAGUGGGUUACAUCGUUGGCAAUGCGGGCUUGUACAUCACCCUGCUGCAGUUCCUCAUCGCCUACGGAAUUCUGCUCUUCACUGUGGCUUCUGUCUGCGCGAUUUCCACUAAUGGAGCUAUCGAAGGAGGAGGCGUCUACUUCAUGAUUAGUCGCACUCUGGGCUUGGAAUUUGGAGGCUCAAUCGGAACUCUUUUCUUCUUUGCGAAUGUUGUGGGAUCUGCGAUGGCUAUUUCCGGUUGCACUGAGGGCAUCAUGGACAAUUUCGGACCAGGUGGACACUUCGUAAGCGGGGAACACACGCUGCCGGAUGGAAAAUGGUGGCGUUUCCUCACCAGCAGCAUGUUGAAUACCCUGCAGCUGCUGGUUUGCCUGGUUGGUGCUGCUCUUUUCGCCAAGACGUCAGUGAUAAUUUUGGGCACUGUGACCGUUUGCCUGUUCGCCACGUACAUCAGUUUCCUGGCUGUGGGCCCCACCAACGAUACGAUACCCGUGCCAGGCGAAAAUAAUUUAUCGAAAACAUUAUCCUUCCUCAACUAUACUGGUCUCAAUGCCACCACUCUGCGGGAUAAUCUUGGAUCCCACUAUGGCGUUGAUUACACUUCGAAUGGAAAACAAGUGGACUUCUCCACCACCUUCGGUGUGCUGUUUUCGGGAGUUACGGGUAUUAUGGCCGGUGCGAAUAUGUCCGGGGAGCUAAAGAAUCCAUCGAAGAGCAUUCCCUGGGGCACACUAUCCGCCGUGGCAUUUACAUUCGUCUCCUACAUCAUCCUGUCCUUUCUGAUGAGCUGCACCACACCGUAUUUCACCAUGCAGAAUAACUAUCUGUUUUUGUUGCCGGUAAAUGUGUGGCCUCCAUUUACGGCCAUUGGUAUCUUGACCGCUACCUUUUCAACCAGUCUGAGCAACCUGAUUGGUUCUAGCCGGAUUCUGGAAGCCUUGUCCAAGGAUCAAGUUUUUGGCAGCCUGCUGAACUUUGUGAUUCAUGGCACAUGGAAAGGGAAUCCCAUCGCAGCGGUUGCUGUGAGCUGGUGCCUCGUGGAGUGCAUCCUGCUGAUUGGAUCCUUCAACAUCAUUGCCCAGAUAAACUCGGUGCUCUUCAUGCUCUCCUAUUUGGCCACCAAUCUGGCUUGCCUGGGCAUUGAGCUUACGGGUGCUCCUAACUUUAGACCUCUGUUUAAGUACUUUACCUGGCACACCUGUCUGGUUGGAUUACUGGGCACGCUGAUCAUGAUGUUUGUGAUUAAUCCCAUCUAUGCCUCAAUCUGCAUUAUUCUGUGCCUCAUCCUUGUGAUUGCUUUGCACUUAUUCUCGCCGGCCACACAGGCAGCUCAGUGGGGUUCGAUUUCCCAGGCCUUGAUGUUCCACCAGGUGCGAAAGUACCUUUUAAUGUUGGAUCCCCGCAAAGAUCACGUCAAGUUCUGGCGUCCACAAAUCCUGCUGCUCGUCUCAUCACCACGAUCCUGCUGUCCUUUGGUGGAUUUUGUCAAUGACUUAAAAAAGAGCGGUCUGUACAUCAUUGGACAUGUCAAAUUGGGCGACUUCAAGGGUGUGGAGGAUGCCGAGGAGAAUCAGCAGUGGUGGUCGUUCCUGGAUCACAUGAGAGUAAAGGCCUUCACAGAGGUCACACUGAGCCGAAGCAUUCGCGAGGGAGUCCAACACUUGAUUCGCCUGUCCGGAAUUGGAGCAAUGAAGCCGAACACCAUUAUUCUGGGUUUCUACGACAACGAGGCCCCCAGGGAUUUCUUCCAAAACGGUUCCUCCCCCUACAAAACCGAUGACUUCAACAAUGGUGAAAUACAAAACUUUCCCAUUCGACGAGAUGGCGAUCCCAAACAAUUCCAGGUCCAAGAGUACGUGCAAAUCCUUUGCGACACCCUGAGAAUGAAGAAAAAUCUCUGCCUGUGCAGAAACUUCCAAAGAUUGGACAAAAACUUCAUAUCCAUAAGCAAACAUGUGAAGUACAUUGAUGUGUGGCCCAUCAAUGUGUUUAAUCCCACAUCUGGAGAUCCCUUCGAUAUGGUGUCUUUGUUUAUGAUGCAAUUGGCGGUGAUAAUGCUUGCUAAGUGGAAGCAUCUACGAGUAAGAAUUUUCCUGUGCGAGGCCAAUGAUGAGCGGAGUGUGGGAACCUUUGACACCCAGGCCCCUCAGAUGGAGAUUUUCUCGAAGGUGAAGCUGGAGCAAUCCCUUAAAGAGCUGCGCAUCACAGCCGACAUUGUGGAGAUCCAGGAAUGGAGCCGGGACACCGAUUUCAGCCGUCAUGCCCGCACCCUUAAGCAGUUCACCGCUCAGGCGGACAACGUGCUGUUGGAAGAUGACGACGAGGUGGGCGAGGAGACGCUGAAUCGCUCGCUGCUCUACAUGCAGCGGGCCAAUCAAAUUAUACGCGAGCGCUCGGAUCAGACGGCAUUAUCGUUCAUCUAUCUGGCUGCUCCGCCGAAGCUUUCCACGCCGGAUUUCGCGCAGCGCAGCGCCAGCUACAUGGAACUGCUGACCGAACUGACCGCCGAGUUGCCGCCCACAAUUCUCGUCCAUGGUGUCAGUACGGUGACCUCCACAACGCUCUAGGCUUCGACUGGAAGAUAUUUGCAUUCCUAUGAGUGAUAAAAUCCAGCGUGCAACCGGAUUAAACCAAUUGCGAGGGGGUCUUUCGAUCGUUGUGUGCGUUCCUGUGUGCUUGGAGCUUUAGGCAUAAUCGAGAAAUAUUAUUCACUAGGGUGAGGCGAUUUUUUUUGGUAUGCAAAAAUUCAAGAUUAAGAAAGUGUGCUCAAUAAGCAAAAAAUUUGUUCUAUUAUAAUAUUUGAUUUUAAUUAUUGUUGUAUUAAGAUUCAAAACUAUUUAACUUUGUCUCAUUAUUAUAGUAUACCAUCCAAAUCGUCUCGCUCUACUUAAGUAGUAUAUCUCCAGUACAUUAAUAUAAUGUUGUAGCUAAUAUAAUAUUUAUUCGCACAGAUCCACAGAACAAUUAAUAUCGUACAAUUUUAAUCAAAAAAUACUUCAUAUCAGAGAACUAAUGCAUACAUUUAGAAAAACCCCAUGUGGACCAUCUCGUAACUGAUAAAUAAUAUCAUUUUUAAACUCAUUCCCAACCGAAUCCACACCGAUAUUAACCUGUUUGUGAUUAAAUAUAAAUAAAUUUUACUUCUUCACGAUUAAACAUAGCGCAAAAAGUAUUAGAUAACCGCAGUAGAUUGUGAUUGUAAAAUUGAUGAUUUCAUAUUGCACCUAGUUUGUAAGCCAUUUUUGGAAGACCCUCACAGUUUUGACGGACAUUGAUGGAUUGUUUUAGAAGAAUAUUUUGUGUAUGUAAACUUAAUAGAACUGUGGCUAACCGUAUAAUAUAAUUAUUGAUCACAGCAUUCAUUGUAAUCGGUUCUUUCCAAUAAUUUAAAUAAAGACUUAGCGAUAUGUAUUUAUGUAA